UGGUAUCCAUGGGAGCAUCUGUGGGAGCAGUAGCAAAACAGACCCUGUUCCCUCCUCUCAUGCCUGCAGGGCGACCUUUUCGUGUGUCAAAUGCCUCCCGAAGCAGCCGGAAAGGAAUUGUUGCAAGCAGUCUGCAAGAGCUCAUCAGCAAGACUUUAGAUGCCUUCCUUAUAUCUGCUGGAAUAGUUACUCUGGUUUUGGAGGAAGAUGGCACAGUGGUGGACACAGAAGAGUUCUUCCGGUCCCUGGAUGAUAAUACACACUUCAUGGUUCUAGAAAAAGGACAGAAAUGGACACAAACAAGAAAUGGAGUCGCUGCUGUGAAACAAAAGAAGAAAAUGGGAGUAGCUAACAUCACAUUUGAUCUGUACAAGCUGAACCCUAAGGAUUUUAUUGGCUGCUUAAACAUCAAGGCAACCUUCUAUGAGAUCUACUCUGUCUCAUAUGACAUCAAGUGUAUGGGAGCAAAAAGUGUAUUGCGGAAGGUGCUUCAGCUGAUAUCCCACGCAGCACAAGUAACUGGACACUUUCUUCUCUAUACUGGAACAUAUAUGUUGCAGUUGAUGGGUGAAUAUGAUGAAGAUGGCACGUGUACAAGAUCAAGGCAGCAGCAGUGAACAGAGCUGCACAUCUGAUACUGGAUCCUUUUGCUUAAAGACAUUCUCUUGCGCAAUUUUGAUUGUAAUGAUGUUAUACUAGGGGGAUGUCCACUGAUGUGAACUAACACUUUUCCCAUUUGGGAAUGCUUGUAGGCCUUAGUCAUAAAAUAAGUGUUUGGUCUUCACAGGCUCUUAACACAGCAAAAGGGUGGGUGCCUAAUGUCUGAGAACUUGACAAAAGGAGAGGGGGCAGGUUAUUGUCCCAGCAACUCAAAAUGGAGAAUAAGUAUAGUUGGAAACUUGCACGCUUUGUAACCAGUGGGGUAUUUCUUGCAUCGAUCAAAGCAUACUUUGGUUGGGUUUUUCUAUGGCUGUCUACUUGCCUUCUGAACAGACUGGGCUGUAAGAUGGAGGAGCUGUGGGUUUUUUUUUGUUUUUAGUCCCUAACAGUGCUGGUAUUGGUGUCCAUCUGGCAUUCAGGUACACAAGGGUGAAGUGUACUUAUUUACUUCUGCUACCAAUGGAAAUACAUGAUACAACUGAAUCCUGGUUCAGUGACUGACCACUCUCAUGAAGUCUAAUUGAAGAAAGCACAACUACUAGGCAGAAGCUUAAAAUUUAACCUUAUUUCCUUUAAAAUAAGUAAAAUCAUUUCACUUUAACUCUUUAUAUUUUUCUUCAAAUGUACAGAAAGUUCAGGUUAGUGUAACUCAUACCAACUGAAGAAACUGAUAUCUUUGUUUAAUGGGUCUGGUGUCUGGUUCUGUCUGAAAUAUUGAAUAAUUUGCCAUAGUUUCAUGAAUAUGGCUUACAAGCAACCUGCUGAAGCUUCCCGUGGGGGUUAAACCAGCACUAAUAUAGUACUUACUGUUCAGUUGCAAGACAACACUACAUUCCAAGCUGUACUUGAGGUACAUGUUGUGUGGAUCUUUAAGAGAUGCUGGAUUUUGAUGCCCCUGUGUUCAGAGGAGAACAGCAGGACACUGUCUGGUCUUGUGUAACAUACAUACGCUCUAAACUGGAUAUUUGCAGUUUUAUCAUCUCCUAAGACAAGCUGUAUUAAAGGGCAAUGUUUUAAAUCUUUCAGUAGAAUUGCUCAGAACACUUUCUACAGUUUAGGGAACUGCUAGUAUGAUGAGCUUCCAGCAAGCUUUUCCUCAACAGUGUAGAAAACUGGAAAACAAGCAGUGUCAGGCAUCUUGUGUCAAAAUACAAACUCCCAUUGAUAAAGGGGAAAAAGCCCAACUUCGGUUGUUCAUAGGUAUGGCUUUUGAAGUUUUCCUUUGCUUGCUCGUGAAGAAUUUUAGUAAGUUGUUGUAGUCUUGCUUAAGAGUGAAAGCUGUUAAGCAGACAGCAGAUACAGGUAAUCUGUCUGACCUGGUGGCAGGGGCCACCUAGGAAGAGAAGCUCUGGUGACAGAGUGAACAAGCGGGGCAGGGGAAGAAAGCAGUAGGAGCAAAAGGAAAAAGGACCAAUGCGGACCCCACAGUGCUUGCCAUGCCUCUGCUGAGAGAGGGAUCCAUUAGCUAUGUGCAUCAACUGCACUGACUAGUUGGAGGAAAACCUCAUCUGCUAAAAGAGGAGCAGGUGGACUGAAAAGACCAAGCAUCAUGGUUGGUGGGAUCCAUUCUGACCUGUCAGCUGGGUCUGUUCACUUCAAAUUUCACUAAUAUGUGGGAAUAUUGCUCUUGCUUUUAUCUGAAUUUCACCUUUAUAUGCUUAUUUUUGCCUUCCCUUUAUGGAUGUGACUUAGCCAGCUGGAGCUGCAUCUUUCAGAUCACUGCUGUGGUAAAAAGCAGCCUAAAUCCAAGUGCUAAAGGGACUGCUGGACACAAGUUCACUAGGUCUCUGCCUGUCUCUUCAGUAAAGGUACUACAAAUAAGUAGACAGCUAAGAAAAACUUUGGGGUUUUCCCUGAUUUCUUUUGUUUUCCAUCUACUUCUGAGUGUUUGCUGAAGCGUGGGGAGGGCACACAGCUCUGAGCAAGGGGAGGACUGGGUUUUUUUCUAAUUUCUCACAGGGAAGAAUGCCUGUAACUUGCAGCACUGUCAGGUUUCCUUCAGAAGAAAACAGACUAUUCUGUGAGUAAUGAGAAAGAGGUGGUGUUAAAAUGGAAGCUUUAUACUUAAUCUGUAUUGUCUUCACCACCACCACCCCUGCCCCAAGUGAUUGUUGCCAUGAUAACUGUUGGCCAAAGUCUUUCUAACCCUGUCAAGGAAUUGCAUUUAAUUGAGGCAGUGCAAGGAUUUUGUCAUUAAUCCUUUCAGCUUUUAAGGACCAUUUAUUCUAUUAAAACAAGCACAUCUCUAGAAAGCAAACUCUGUGUAAUGCUCCUCAGAAUAUUUGUGGCUCAUGGUGGGAGCACCAACAUUUAAAAAACA